AUGGCGUCUUCUCAACAAGCAACAACAACAACAACAACAACAACAACAACAACAACAACAACAACAACAACAACACAAGGCACCAAGCGCAGCCUCGAAGAACGAGCUGGUGUCGACCAAUUGGUAAAGGGCUUGAGUGAUACAGGUAUUACCAAAGCCAAAUCAGUUGCAGCAGCAGCAGUUCAGUUCAGCACCAAGGACUUUCUCAAGAAGAGUCUGUAUGGUAACGACUCGCACAACAGUCGUAUUCAGAAUGUUCAUUCCAUCUUCGCAGCGGGCCUUGAGCGCCGAAGGAGAGCUGCACAGUUGGGAUACGAUGAUGAUCAGUUGGGAUACGGCAAGGACACAGCAGCAGCAGCAGCAGAGCCACCCAUGAAGAGACGCCGCUUCCAACGCCGCAACUCCAAGACACCGGCCAUGCUCUUCAAAUCUCUCAACUUUCUUCCACAAGACUUGUUUUCCGAUGAAAAGACUGCAGCAUCUACAGCGACUCCCAAGCCAUCGUCCUCGUUCAAACCGGUCAAGACUGAUGACGACGAUGAUGCGUGGGACGGUGGCCUGGAGAUUGCGGAGCAGCUUGUCAAGCAUCUUCAGGAAAAGCGCCGAAUGAGUGAUGCCUCUCUGUCUGCUCAUUGA